GUCAACUUUGGCCUUCCAAGCCAUAGAAAUUGUAUAGCCAUGUAAAGCCCAGUGCAACGACAUCAUUUUCAACCGUGGCGGCUAGAGCUCCAGCCCAUGCGGCCGCACAGAGCUGCAGCUUUGAGGGCGGCUACUGCAGCCCAGGUGUUGACCAAUUUCGGCGAGGUCUUCACGAGCGGACAUGAUGCGGCUAGAAGUCACAUGGAGACCUUUGAGGCACAAAAUGUCGACCUUUUCAUCAGCCACUCUUGGGGAGCAGAGGGUUACCAAAAAUACCUAGCACUUUGCUAUCACCUGAACGUGAACAUUGCCAUCAAGGUUGCCUUUCUGACCUUUGCAAUAUUUGGUCUCGUUCUUGUUUUACUGGCAGGUGGCCCUGAUGCUCUCUCUGGGAGUCCGGCUUUGCUGCCACUCACAGUAGACCUUCCUGUGGUCGUAUUUUUCAUAUUCUUCUUCUAUGGCCAUGUCUUGGCAUGCGGACGGUGCUCCCCCUCGCUGUGGCUGGACAAGAUUUGUAUUCCACAAGCAGAUGAAGUAGUGAAAGAGGAGUGCGUGAGGCGCUUGCCGGAGUAUUUGAAGGCGUCUUCUCAGAUGCUUGUGCUUUGGGACCGUACCUACUUUGAGCGUAUGUGGUGCAACCUCAAGAAGCACACCGACCGUCAGGCUGUGGUGAUGCUGCCCUUGUGGCUGGCACCCUGGCUACUUUUGAUCAUUCUCAUUGAUUGGAUGAGCAUUCGGAUUUUCUCCCUUUGGUGGGUGGUCGAUUCCAGUGGAAUACCCAGCGUUGAUGGCUCCUACCAAUCCUACUUCAUGAGAAACAUCGUGUACCACUUCUACAAUUCCUUGGCCUAUAUGCCUGCAGGACUUGUUGCUGCUUUGGUCUUCCGAAGGAAUCUGCAGCUGCACCGCGCUAUGUUAAGCCAGCUUGCGGACUUCGAGGUUCGUUCCGCGAAGCUUUCCAUGGAGAGAGACCGACCAAUGCUAGAGGCGCAGAUCACAGCAUUGUACGAUGAGAUCGAAGAUGCUCCGAUUCACGUGGCCUUCGGAGCCGAAGCCGACAGUCACGUUGCCGAGGCCCUGUUGCCAGUGAAUGACCUUCGGUCUCCCUCAGUUCGUGUGAUAACCAGCUACCCAAGUCCAGAAAAAUGCCUUGAUCUCUUCAACGCCGAUGUCUCUGGAACAUUGCUCCGAGAAGUGCAAAUGCGGUCUGGUGACCGAAAUUUACCGCUGAAGGCGUUUUGGCCGUGGGUUGUAAAUGUUGCGCAUGUUUUUCUUUGGGGUGAAAUUCUGAAGACCACUUUGCCUGAAAGGUUCUUGGAGGGAGUGUGAGAGAGACGGGGAGGGAGGCCAUGUAAAGCAUAUCUUUCGGGUGUUUUGCCCUUUCUGGGAGCAGGCUUUCCUAAAGUUGCAGUUUGGAAGGUCGGAUACAGAAUUCCGCUUCUUUUCGCAAUCGACGUCAGCAGUUCCAAGGUUUGCAUGCUGUCCUUCAUGCCCUUCUUUUUCUAUGACACGUCCAGUUGCUUCUUUGCUUGUGAGAACACUGGUAGCUGCAAAAACUCCUUGAAAUUCGAGGGGUUCUCAAACAUGUCAGAGCUUUAUAUCGCAGAUACCGUUCUGAUGCUGACCUAUGCCUUAUGUAUGUCGACACUAUAUCCUUGCCUCUUGCGAAUAAUACCCUUGCUGGGCUCACAUGUCACAGGUUUGAUGGGCGAAGCCCUCGUUGAUUGUAUGAGUGGCUGUUUGGCAUACCUUCAUGCAUUCAUGAUGGCGGCUACAGUGCAUGGGUGCUUUGUGGGGAUGCUGUCUAAGGGGCCUUCCCCCCUCUGGCUGGUCCUAUUUUCAAUUGCAUUUGCUUGGAUGAUUUUCUUGUGGUUUACUUGUUUCUUUAAACGUUCGGCGUUCGCUUGGAUAUCAGUUUCUGGCAGUAGAUGCUUCGGAAACCUAUCGUCGGCUGCUUGAAGCUGCUGCAGCAGUGCAUUUGGAACUGCUGUCAAGCGAGAAUCGCUCGGCAUCAUGCUUCCUCAAAUAGCUGAAGAACUUUCUUGAGCGGCUACUGAUGGGAACUUUGGAAUUUCUAUCCUCACAGGCCAGGACAGCUUUGUGGAGCCCAUCUUGGAAAGGGACAAGGGAAUUCCUUCUUAUUCUUUUCAUAUAGUCAUUUGCCAAUUUCAAAUCUUUAAUGCCAGUGAAGAUCACUUGGUCUUGCAAUUUCAAAUCUUUUAAUGCCAGUGAAGAUCAUUUGGACUUGGACCCACAA